AUGGAUGCGCCGCCGCCGCCGUCGCCGGCGGCGCACAACCUCAAGAAGCGCAAGUUGGGCCGACAUGAUGAGCAAGAACCACCACCGGAGAGCGGCAGGGCCAGCGACGGGGUCGGCCUCGACUUCUUCAACGCCCUCCCCGACGACCUCCUGUGCACCAUCAUCUCUCUCCUCCCCACCAAAGACGGCGCCCGCACGCAGAUCCUCGCCGAGCACCCUGGCCCGGCCCUCCGCCUCUCGCUCCCCUGCCUCCAUGAACGCUACCACGACAAGAUCGAAGGCUGGCUUCGUUCCCAGGCCCUCACCGACCUCCAAGAGCUCAGCUUCGGCUACGACCCCCCAGGCUUCCCACCGUACCGGCUGCCGCCGCCCCCGAUACCGCAGUCCGCGCUCCGCUUCGCGCCGACACUCCGCGUCGCCAGAAUCUGCUACUGCUAUUUCCCCAAGCUGCCUGCCGAGUCUCUGAAUUUUCCGCAUCUCAAGCAGCUCACCAUGUACAUGCUCACCAUCUCGGACUUGUCUGCGUCGUCUCUGAAUUUUCCGCACCUCAGGCAGCUCACCACACAUGCAGUCACCAUCUCGGGGGACGCUCUGCACAGCUUGCUCUCUGGCUUCCUUUCGCUGGAAAGCCUUAUACUGAAAGAUAAUGUUGGCGUUGGCCGCCUCCGCAUCAGCUCCUCGACUAUUAGGAGCAUAGGCUUUUCUGCUCCUCAUACGUCUGUGGCUUCCCCUGUCCAAGAGCUGCUCAUCGUGGACGCCCCUUGCCUUGGGAGGUUUCUACCACUCAGUGGAGGCUAUGGUCCCUCCACAGUCCAGAUCAUCGGAGCACCCAAGCUGCAGAUGACGGUUUUGCUGUCAAAUGGCACAUCCAAACUCCAUAUUGGAAAUGGAACCAUGGGUUUUCAGGUAAACAACAGGUUUCAGAGUCAUGCAACCUGA